AUGCGGCCCACUUGGCUUGCUUGCACAGCUAUCAUUGCUUUGGCGGCGCUUUCUUCUGGUAGACCGGUGGAAGCAGCUAGGAAGGACGUGACUCGAAGCAGGACUUCGCUCGCGAUCAAGCACAACAGCCCUUUACCAAGCACAUCCCCAUUCGAAGCUGCGGUGAUGGUGACGGACAGUUAUGCGCCGAUGUCGCUCUCCCCUUCCCAUGGACCUUUGUUCCACGAUGAUGCACGAUCCUCAUCACCGCUCGUUCGAGACUUUGCUGCUUUCAGCCAAGGCAGAUCAAUUCCAUUGGGGAAUGAAGUCCACUCUCACAGCUUGCAUCACUGA